UGUUUUGUCUUCAAAAUGAGGUGUUGCUGCGAUGAUUACGAUGACGAAUCAACCAUCACCACCCCCCUGAUCUCCUCCUCCUAUUCCGUCGUUAUCGAUUCAACUGCCACAAUCUCCCCGGUGAACUCCCAUUUCGCAGCUCUCAUGUGCCCAGACACUCUCCGUCUCAUUUUCGAGAACCUCUCUCUCUCGGAUUUGGCACGUGCCAGCUGCGUAUGCAAGACCUGGAACGCCGUCGCUUCCGAUGAAGAUAUGGUUGUGGAGGCAUUCAAGGCUCCCUGGAAGCUUCUCGAUGUGGUAGGGAAGCCUUGCUCUAGAAAUUUCUGGAGAGAUAAUGGGAUUGGGAAGUUCGCUAUCUCGCAUCGGAUUUUGAGGGGAGAGACUGUCGCCAGUCUUGCUGUUAAGUACUCUUCUCAGGUUAUGGACAUAAAGCGAGUGAAUAACAUGAUGAGCGACCAUGGGAUUUAUUCAAGGGAGAGGUUAUUGAUCCCUAUAAGCAAUCCAGACAUUCUUAUAAAUGGAACAUGCUAUAUAGAGUUAGAUGCCUACGCAAAGCGUGAAGUGGCCGUGCUGUAUCCUGGCAGCAAGCCUGAGGGAAAGCUCGGAACAUUGUCGAAUAGAGUGACCUCCGAUCGGGGCAAGAGAAGGGUGAUAGAUUCUUUAAAGAGAAGCAUGCAAGUUGAUGAUGGAACUGCACAAUACUAUUUGUCCAUUUCAGAUGGUGAUCCCAGAGCUGCACUCUCUCAAUUCUCUUCAGACCUCAAUUGGGAGAGGCAGACAGGGUUGGCCUAGAUGGAAAUGUACAUUUGAAUUCAUGGGAUGGAAAGGGAGCAUAAAUUCGCAGCAGGUAAUGAAUUAUAUUUCCUUCAUUAGCAUGUACUAUUAAAACUGUUUUUCCAUGUAUUAUAAAGAUGCAUAGUGUCGAGUGUUAAUGUCGAGAAAACAUUGCGGUCGUAAAUUGUACCAAGAACCAAGAGUACCCGAUGCUUCUCAACUAAAAGUAUUUUCUACGUUUUUUGAGCCAAUGGAGUGUGUAUCAAGUUAUUAACAGUUCCAGCCUUUGUAAAGAACCCAAAGUCUGACUCGUACCUAUCAGGUCGUGUUGGUAGCCUCUCUUUGGAAAGGUUUAUUUAUAAACGUAUAUUAUCCAA